GUCGAGCCCCCUUGAGGCUGAUCUGGUCCAGGUUCAAGGUGAGGUGGAUGAUGCAGUCCAGGAGGCCAGAAAUGCAGAGGAGAAGGCCAAGAAGGCCAUCACUGAUGCUGCCAUGAUGGCUGAGGAGCUGAAGAAGGAGCAGGACACCAGUGCUCACCUGGAGAGGAUGAAGAAGAACAUGGAGGUGACUGUCAAAGACCUGCAGCACCGUCUGGAUGAGGCUGAGAGUCUGGCCAUGAAGGGUAGAAAGAAACAGCUCCAGAAACUGGAGUCCAGG